AAUAAAUAUUUUUAUUAUUAAAAAAUAUUAAAAAAUUUUGCAACAAAAAAAAUUGUAAAUUUUUUUAUGCAGAUGGAAGUAGAGUACUAAAAUUAAUAUGAAAAUUUGUAAGAUAGAAUUUAAAAUAAAGAAGAUUAUGAAAUUUCGCAAUUUUUUCUAUAGCAAGCUCAAGAAUAAGAAAAACAGCCUUCAGAAAUAGAAGAGGAAAAUGAUGAUAGUUCUUUGUUUAGCAAUUAAUAACAAUUUAAAAGUAGAUUCAGCAAAUAAAGAAAUGAAAACGAAAAAAUUGAAUAUAUUAGUUAAAUUACUCUAGAAAGAUAAAAAAUUUAUAUCAGAAGAGAGAACUUUCUUUAAACUUAUUCUGCUUUAAUGAAAUACCUUGACAAAUUAUUUAAAUCCGAAUUCUUCUCUUUAUUACCAAUUUCAGAUCAAUUUCCAUAAAAAAGAAAGUUGUAUCUAUCAGAGAGUGUUUAAUUAAUUUCUUCAUAAUUAAAGAAAGUGUUCUUUUCUAAAGGACUUACUAGUGGAUAAGAAAUAUAUAAAUAUUUAUUAGAACGCUCAAUGAAUACUCCACUUCUAAAGUUAUAUGGAAAGCAAAUAUUUGAUCAUUAAUUGAAAAAACAUAAAAAAUACUAAAAAUCAUUUGAAACAGAAUAUAGCCACAAAAAAGGAAUUAUCAAUUAUUUUGAUCCUGACUUUAAUGGAAGCUUAAAUUUAAUACCUCAAGGCAAUAAAAUUUUAACAUUAGAUUUGAAACUUUACUGCCAUAAAUCGAUGAUCUAUAUGAAAGUAUUGAUGACUAUGUAUAAAAAACUACUUAGACUAGUAUUUAUACUUGAGAUGAUAUUCAACAGAUUGUUUGGAAAAUGUGGUAGGCAAUUUUAUUUUAAGGUGCAUUUUGGCUUCUUUUAUGAUUAACUCUCAUUUAAAAAAUAAGAGUUAGAAGAAAUGAAAUAAAACUCAUUUUUUCUGUUAGGAUCUAAUAAGUAAGUAUAAUUUGAGUAUAUCCUCAAAGAAAAUGAAGAUUAUUAUCAAGUUCUUUGCAAAUAAGAAUACCCAAAUUAAAAUUAAAUCAAUUCAUUGUAAAUUAAAGUAGAGAACUAAGGAGAAUAAAUAAAAUAAGAAAACUUAUAAGAUUGA